AUGAAUGAUAUAAUUUCAAGUAUUGAAAUAUUUCCAAAUGAAUUGUUAAUAGCAUUAUUCAAAUAUAUUUCUCCAUAUGAUUUAUACAAUACUUUUUUUAAUCUAAAUUCUCGUUUUAAUUCAAUAAUUGAUUCUCUGCAAAAUCUUUAUGUUAUACUUGAAGAAGAUUGGGAUAAUAACGAACGUACUAUUCCUUUCUUUUCUUCACAUAUAUCAAGUUUAAUUAUCAAACAUGAUGAAUUGAUUGAUUUUUCUUAUUAUUCAAAUAUUCGUUCCUUAAAAUUAUCUAUGCCAACAGCAAAUCAAUGUAAUGCUAUUCAACCAUGUCUUCUUCCUAAUCUUGAACAUUUGUAUAUAUCAAAUUUAUUUUUUUCUGAUAAUUCUGAACAAUUAUGUCGCUUUAUUUUUUCUCCUUCAUUUUCUCGUUUACGAACAUGUCAUAUUGAUCGAAUGACAAUUAAUAAUGAUCAUCCUUAUUCUUCAUUAUCACUUCAACAAUUAACUGUUACACCUUGUACAUGGAAAUCAAAUAUGUAUAAACAACUAUUUAAAGCAUGUCCAAAUUUAAUUUAUUUACGAAUAAUACGUCUUCGAAAGACAUUAUUUGAAUUAUCUUUAAAUUUUAUUCGUCCACAUACAUCUCUUCGACAUCUUCAUAUUCAUUUUUAUUCCAUAGAAAAUGAAUGGUAUAAUCAUAUUAAUUCGUUAUUAUCUAAUGUACCAAAUUUAGAGAAUUUUACACUUAUUAUCGAUCAAAUUGAAAUAAAUAUGAAAUUUCCACUUGAUUUAUUUGCUCAUUUAUUAACUCAACGUGCACCAUAUUUGAUUAAUUUUAAAGCAAAAAUACCAUCAAAUAAUUUCUUAUCAAAAAAAUUGGAUAUAAUCAAACGGUGGCAUCCAUUAUUUAUUAACAUACAAUUCCGACAAUGUCAACAUCAAAAUUCAAAGAAUUAUUUAGUUAUCUCCUCCGAAAGAUGA